AUGUUGUUGUUGGUGAUGAUGGAAUGAAAUGAUACGAUGAUAACGAUGAUGAUGUUAGUCUGCAACCUCUUCGUGCGUGGUUGAAAUGGAUGGGGGAAGAAUCUGCUUCAAGCUACAAGGGUGUCCGUUGAAUCGCCGCUUUCGCUUGGAAUCGACGUCGAGAUCUCCUUCUCUUUGGCGCUUAUCGAGUUGCCCACUGCGAUCAAUAUCAUGAAACCAUGCCUUAAACCAUUUUCGGAUCUCAGUCGCAGAUCCACCUCUCCCCCUUGUCGCUCUAAUGGACGCCGCCGCAUCUCGUCCCGCUGUUGUCAUAGAUAACGGCACUGGUUAUACCAAGAUGGGAUUCGCCGGUAACGUUGAACCGUGUUUCAUCAUUCCUACCGUCGUCGCUGUUAAUGAGUCAUUUGCGAACCAAUCGAGGAAUUCUGUCAAGGGAAGCAAUUGGCUAGCCCAGCACCGCGCGGGCGUGAUGGCAGAUCUUGAUUAUUUCAUUGGAGACGAGGCUAUUGCACGAUCUCGAUCCAGUACUACUUACAAUCUUACUCACCCAAUUCAUCAUGGUCAGGUGGAGAAUUGGGAUGCUAUGGAGCGCUUCUGGCAACAGUGUAUCUUCAAUUACUUGCGUUGUGACCCGGAGGACCAUUACUUCCUUCUCACCGAGUCUCCCCUCACUGCUCCUGAGAGUCGAGAGUACACCGGAGAGAUUAUGUUUGAGACUUUUAACGUGCCCGGCCUUUAUAUUGCGGUGCAGCCAGUGCUUGCUCUUGCCGCUGGGUACACAACCUCAAAGUGUGAAAUGACAGGUGUUGUUGUGGAUGUUGGAGAUGGGGCCACUCAUGUUGUACCUGUUGCAGAUGGUUAUGUUAUUGGUAGCAGUAUUAAAUCUAUUCCUAUUUCUGGGAAGGAUGUCACGCUCUUUAUUCAGCAGCUCAUGCGGGAAAGAGGAGAGCAUGUGCCACCAGAGGACUCCCUUGAAAUAGCUCGAAAGGUGAAAGAAAUGUAUUGCUAUACUUCUUCAGAUAUUGUCAAGGAGUACAAUAAGCAUGACCGGGAACCAUCCAAGUACAUCAAGCAAUGGAGAGGUAUUAAACCAAAAACAGGGGCACCAUACUCUUGUGACAUUGGCUAUGAACGCUUUCUUGGCCCUGAGAUCUUCUUUAAUCCUGAGAUUUACAGCAGUGAUUUUACGACUCCUCUACCUGCUGUAAUAGACAAGUGCAUUCAAUCAUCACCAAUUGACACAAGGAGGGCUCUUUAUAAGAAUAUAGUGUUAUCUGGGGGAUCAACUAUGUUCAAGGACUUCCAUAGAAGAUUGCAGCGGGAUGUGAAGAAAAUUGUGGAUGCUCGGGUACUUGCAUCUGAUGCCCGGGUUGGUGGAGAAGUCAAAUCACAACCAGUGGAAGUCAAUGUAGUCAGCCAUCCCAUUCAGCGGUUUGCAGUUUGGUUUGGAGGUUCUGUACUUGCAUCGACACCUGAAUUCUAUGCGGCUUGCCAUACAAAAGCAGAAUAUGAGGAGUAUGGAGCUAGCAUAUGUCGUACGAAUCCUGUUUUCAAAGGGAUGUAUUAAUAUGAGGACCUGAGUUCUCUUCUUCACUUCUCUCUGAGGUAUGCCUGGCUGACAUGUUAAAUGAACUUACCCAUCAAUUCUUGUUGCCAUCAUGUGGGUCCAAUUUGUUUAUCGGGUUGUUCAACUUCUGCUCUCAUGUGCAUCAAGAGAAGUGACCCUAUGAGAUCAGCUGUAUGACAAUAGAUAUUAGUCUAGCUUGUAAAUGGUCUGGUGCUGUCAAUAGCAGCUGGAUUCUUUCGGAAGGAUAUAAGGUCAUGCCUUGGCAGCUAAAGAGAAGCUGUCAACUUUAAUCCCAGCAGUAACUUCCUUGUGAGAUGGAAGCAUUGCAUCAGGGAGCCAUGAACUAAGCUGAAUGGUCUUUUUCAGUAUUCAGCUUAGUAGAGUCCAUAAACAUUUUGUAUCUUUUCCCCCUUCUGAGUUUCUGUAGUUAGUGAUUAUUCUUGUAAUGUUGCUAGCAGUGAUUCUUCAUUGUAUCUUUUCAUGGAUAGUACUAUUUUUUUAAUCCUUUUCUUUUGGGGGGUCGCAAUAUUUACCUGUCACCACUUUUUGUAGUGAUUUUCUGUGUUCAAAUUGUCAUUUGUAACAGUUCAUGAUCAGUUGAUCACAGUGAUAAUAGUGAAAACCAUUAAAGUGUUAUGGAAACUAA